GUCAGCAGACGGGCGCUCCCGCUCGUGCACUUUGCUCGAGCCGGGGUCGCGCUUAUAGGCGCGCUCCCGUUACGUAUUCAGAGAGCGCGAGCGGCAGUUGAUCGUCACAGUCCAUUCAGUUUCUGCCCCGGCGCUGACCUGCCCGAUCCACAGCGAUGGCCUCCGGUGUUAAAGUCACAGAUGAAGUUGUCGUGGUCUUCAAUGAAAUGAAGGUGCGUAAGGCUCAGGCGAAAGAGGAGGAGAAGAGGAAGAGGAAGAAGGCCAUUCUGUUUUGCCUGAGCAAGGACCUCAAGAGCAUUGUCCUGGAUGAAGAAAAACAGAUCCUGCAGGGUGACGUGGGAACGACCGUCCAGGACCCAUACCAGCACUUUGUGGGGAUGCUGCCACCAAACGACUGCCGCUACGCCCUGUAUGACGCCACCUUUGAGACCAAAGAAACAAAGAAGGAGGACCUGGUCUUUAUCUUCUGGGCUCCAGAAAAUGCCCCCUUGAAGAGCAAGAUGAUCUAUGCCAGCUCGAAAGAUGCUAUCAAGAGGAAAUUUGAAGGCAUCAAGCACGAGUGGCAGGUGAACGGUUUGGACGAGCUCAAAGAUCGGCGCACCCUGGCAGAAAGGCUUGGCGGCACGUCAGUAGUCAGUCUGGAAGGAUUACCUAUAUAAAUAUUACCUCCUCCUCUCCGGCUUCAAUCGAGGCCUUUCAGACACAUCUGUUGAGUUUAGCUGUUCAUUCCAGUGGGGUUCGGAAAAGGGCAAAAGCAGAAUCGGCACCAUAUGCGGGACUCUCGGGGAGGGAUAUUGUGGGUGGGCUAGGGUCAAGUGAGAGUAAAGAUUAAAAAAAAAGAGAGAUUCCAUAAAUAAAAACUGUCAUUCCAGUUCAAGAAACAUAAAGGAUAUGAACAAAUCACAUACACAAAGGAAGAAAAAAAAGAUACAACGGAGGAAGGAUGUUGAUGAUAAAUACACAUUAUUCAUGCUUAAGAACAGGGUUUCGCUCUUCCUGGGUUCCAAUUGAAAAAUUACAGAGAAAGGGACGAGCAUCAACCUUUAGUUUUCCAACCAUUGAAUCCCGACAAAUCUUCAUUCAGCUACAUUUUUUUUGCCAAACUUCUAGUUAAGUGUGUAGUUGAGACUAAGUGUAGUAUGACCUAAUUUACUCUUGAUUGCACAAGAUGUAUCAAAACCUUCUCUGGGGGAACAUGGUUAAAUAUAUUUUCUUUUCUGUGUGCGCGCGUGUGGUUGGGUGUUCUUGUUUUUUUUCUUUCUCCCGUUUCUCCAUGGUUUUCUCCUCAUUUUAUUAACAUGCAAAUUCCAAAACUUAAGCAAUUCCUUUUAUUAUUUUCAGGUCUGGGUCAGAAAAACCAUGGCAUUUGAUGUAGUAAACAUACAACAUUCCUUGUACAUGUUAAAACCAGGACUUCCUUGAUUUAAAAUCUUUGGUGUUAUGAAGUUUGAUGGGGAGCGAUGUGUAUAUGAAGGACCAGCAGUUGGAGCUCAGACUGAUUAUUGAAUGGUGGAUGUUUUGUAUCGUCUCCUUAUCUCUAAUAAAAAGCACUAAACUAUU